AUCAGGGGCGAUUCUACGAUUUCAAUCUUAGGGGGCUCAAGCCCCAAUGGCAAUAUAACAUGCACACAUUUAAUGUAUUUCACCCUGUUGCAUAGAUAGUUUUUUAUGUGUUUACAUCAUUCAAGAUAGCCAGCUAAUAUUCAUUCAGAAUAUUGUCGUCUUUUUUUUAAAAUAAUAAUAACACACAAACUGCUUAAAGAACCAUUUAAAGAAUAUUUAACACAAUUUGUAGAACGUGAAUCAAUAUUUCCACGAUAAACGUCACAUUUAGCCAGUUUGUUAUUUAGUGGAGUGAAUUAAAGGGAUAUCUCGGGUUUAAUACAAGUUAAGCUCAAUCGACAGCGUUUGUAGCAUAAUAUUGAUUACCACAAAAAUUGAGGUUUCAGUGAGGCACUUACAAUGGAAGUGAAUGAGCCACUCUGUAAUCGUUAAAAUACUCACUGUUUCAAAAGUAUAGACACAAGACGUAAACAUGAUUUGUGUUAUAAAAUCGCAUACUAACCUUUUUUGUUAGUAGUCGUAGUUUCUGUUACAACUUUGUUGCCAUGAUGUUAUAAUGUCAACAAACCCUAAAGCGACCUUAAAAAUUACAAUUUAAUCAUUUGACUUUUAUAAAAUGAUAAGCUUCACUUUUCCGCAUUUAAACCCUCCAAAAAUUGGCCCCAUUCACUUCCGUUGUAAGUGUCUCACUGUAACCUCGAUUUGUUUUGUUGUUGAUUUUAAAAGUAGGGAACGAGUGGUCUGGGUAUCUCAGCGAGUAUUGACGCUGACUACCACACCUGGAGUCGCGAGUUUGAAUCCAGGGCGUGCUGAGUGACUCCAGCCAGGUCUCCUAAGCAACCAAAUUGGCCCGGUUGCUAGGGAGGGUAGAGUCACAUGGGGUAACCUCCUCGUGGUCGCGAUUAAUGUGGUUCUCGCUCUCGUUCCCAGGCGGCAAUGACAACUACUUGGCGAUCAGCGGAGAAGGCCACCACUUCCUGUCGUCUUCAGAGAAGUUUCACACUCCCAGUUUGGGCGAUGAGGAGUUGGAGAUCCCGCCCAUCUCCCUUGACCCCGACUCCGCCCUCAGCGUCUCAGAUGUCGUUUCUCACUUCGGUGAAUUGGGCGACGCUGGACCCUCAUCUGGCAUUCCGGGGAAUGCAGUGGUUGGCGAAAACGAUCCAUCAUUCGCUUCGACGUUUUUGAACGCCCCCUCACAGGGUCUGGAGCACCUGAGUCUGAUGAGUCAACAGGGCGGUGGACCGAUGCUCGGAUCGUCACUGGGAAUGGAUAUUGGCCAUCCCGUUGGUUCGCAGUUCAGUAGCUCCUCCCCAAUGACCAUUGAUGUUCCGCUGAGUGACAUGAACCACAGCCUGUUGGGGCACAAUCAGCUGACCACUAUUGACCAAUCAGAGCUCAGUGCUCAGCUCGGGCUCAGUCUGGGUGGCAGCGCUAUCCUGCCUCGCUCGCAGUCACCUGACCAGCCACUGUCAGCCACUGGUUCACUGUCUGAUUCACUGCAGGAUGAUGACUUGGACGAUUUCAGACGGGUGGGUUUUUUUAAGAGUGUUCUGGUGGAUUCUCCCGUGUCCCUGUCUGUGUCGUCUGGUGUCAUCUCUCUCUCGCCAUCUCUCUCUGACCAGCCCGCCACUCCGGUGGCAAUUGCUGCCCCGCUACGGAAAGCAGGCGGCGGCGGGAAGAAAGGCAAGAAGAAGAAAGAUCCGAACGAGCCGCAGAAACCCGUGUCAGCGUAUGCACUGUUUUUUAGAGACACACAAUCCGCCAUCAAGGGCCAGAAUCCUAACGCGACGUUUGGAGAGGUGUCCAAGAUCGUCGCCUCCAUGUGGGAUAGUUUGGGAGAGGAGCAGAAACAGGUAUACAAGAGGAAGACUGAAGUUGCUAAGAAGGAGUAUCUCAAAGCACUGGCAGCUUACAAAGACAGUCAGCUGUCUCAGCAGCCAACUAUUGAAGUGUUAGACACUGCACCAUCGCCACCACCAGCCCCUGCACCCACCAUCGCCCCGACGCCAACUGUCACCCCGACCCGCUCAUCACGCAUCCCGUUGCAUGCACCGGACAACAACACCAUCACUAACAUCUGCACGUCCAACAUCAUAUUAGACCUGCCGCAAGUCACCACGCGCUCACGCACGGGGGCGCACAAACCUGCGGCGAGCGCUCCUGCCCCGCCCAUCGUUACGAAGAUCAUCAUUCCUAAGCAGCAUGCGCAUUCGUCCGCCUCAGCAUCUUCUGCAGCCCGCCAGCCUCCUCCCCUCCAGCAGAUGCAGAACACGCCCCCACCGCCCCGCCUGCAGCAGAUGGUACAUUCCCCAGCCCCGCCCCCUCUACAGGCGAAGCCGCGCGGAGGUGCGGCAGCUGGACAGGUCGUCGCCACGGCACUGCCACCGCCUCUGCAAAUCAAGAUAGUACCCGCCCCCGUGCAGACGGAUUUGAGUGCUCCAAUAAUAUUGACGACUGCUGCCGCGGCGCCGGUCAUGUCUUCUGCCAAGGUCGCGGAACCUUCUACCGUUGUGGCCGCCCUGUCGCCAUCGGCAACAGAAGAAUUGGCUGAAGGAGAAGAGGGGAUGGAGGUGGAGUUGAAUGUUUGUUCGGCUUCAGACGCGACACCGUCAGACGCUCCCAUUGUGUGUGUGCGCGCCGGCUGCAACAACCCUCCUAUAGAGAGUAAAGACUGGGACAGAGAAUACUGCAGCAAUGAGUGUGUGGCCACACACUGCAGGGAUGUCUUCAUGGCCUGGUGUGCGAUCAGAGGACAAAAUUCAACCACUGUCACAUAAAAUCAUAGGACCACUGCAGAGAAAGACCGAUAGACAGUGGUGUGUGACGUAUGCUUGUGUAACGGCAAACUGAAAACUAAACUACCAAACGCACAAUUUACACCGUUACCUUGAGCAAAGCGCACUCACCUAUCUGAAACAACAUGAACUUUAGGUCUGGAAUCAGGUUUGCAAAAUAACAGUACUAGACUGAUCAUAAUAGCGCUUAUAAACUGGAACCGAUCAGGAACAGAGCGCAAGAGAACAAGCAGUGAGGCUCGAUCAUGGGAAUUCCAGAAAAUGUUGUUUAAAGUGGAAAAAUUGGAAUAUUUAAAACUUUUAAUAUAUGUUGAAAUAACAUAAUUAUGUAUCUAAAUGUGCAGCUGUGGUAUAUGGUGUCACAUUGGAGGAUUCAGAUUUUCACAGGGUGUGUGUUUGUGCAAGAACAUUCACGCAUGUAGACUCAUACACAAACCAUUGCUAUUUUUUUUGGCAUCCCAACCAGGCGGGGGAGGUGUUUGCGAUCAUUAUUUUUGCAGUUGCAUUUGGUAAUGUGAGUGGUGCAGAAUUACUCAACUCACGUUUAACAAAAGCUUCUGCGCGUGCAGUUCAUCAUCAACACAGUCCACGCAUGGCCCAGAUUUUCUCGACAUGCGGAUGUUCCUCAUAUGCACUUGCUGUUGACUUUACUUACACAGUAUGUCAAAGCAGCUAUAGUGCGCAUGAGCCGAACGCGUUUGUAUUCGCUUGUGGUCAAAAGAUUGUACUUUGAAAGGCAAGGCAGUCAACGGGGGCGAUCACAUCUGGAACGCAGAAAAAGUAAGUAUACACGGGCCUUCACUGUGGCAGUAACCAGUGUUGGGUUAGUUACUCAAAAAAGUAGUCCACUACAAAUUACUAAUUACUUUACAAUUAUAAUCAUAUUAUUUUACUGAUUACUUCAUGGCAAAAAAGUAAUCAUGUUACAAAUUAAGUUACUUUCUAAAACUUUAUCACAGAGUCGUAUUUGUGUUUCCACUCAGUGAAUUCAAAAUAAUGUCUAUAUUUCCUCUUUUUUUGAUUCUCCCUGUCCCUUCAGCUGCCACGAAACACAAAACAGACAUACAUAAAAACGUAAUUCAUGUUUUAAAUGUACUGCACAUAAAUAUAAUUUUUUUAAACGUGUAACUCAAUUAAUGUGCUUUGCAAAAAUGGAGAGUUCUGGCAAACUUGCCGCAAACUCGCCUCUCAUUAUAUUCACUUGCAAAUUAAUUUUGCGGCAAAACUCUUCAUUGUCGCCAAAGGUUUGCUGCAGGUUCACCACUACCGGUGAAGACCGGCAGAUUUCUGGCAAAUAUUUGUGCCGAAUUUUUGCAUGCAAAAAUAGUGGGAAGUGUGAAAUUUGCGGCAAGAAAUCGGCAAGUUUGUAAGAACUUUAGUUUUUACGUUUUAAGUUUAGUUUUAAUUUUUUUUUUGUCAGGGUAAUUAACUCGAUUGAAAUCAUUCAUCUGUAAUCUGGUUGAAAUAAUUAAAAUUAUAAUGCGUUAUACUACGUUUGACUUAAAAAGUACUCAAUUACAGUAAAGAAUUACUGUAUAAUCAGAUUACACCCAACACUGACGAUAAAGUUACUUUUAAAUGUUUGUGCGGUUAGACUGCACGUGUUAUUAUUCCGGUAGCUAGCUGCAAACAUGUCAACAGUUAUCUUACUUGAUGUAAACUGCUAAGCAAAUAUCUAAAGGGGAAAACUGAUCAUAGAAGUAGUUUACACUAAUGAUCGCUAUUAGCGCCCCUAGCGGCUAUUUCAAAGAAAAUAACACGUACAUGUGUGCCGUUAUUAAUGCAACAAUGAGCAAAACUGAGCUUGCAUCACUAAUGUUUGCGUUCAUGUUUCAGGCCACAAGCACACGUGUGUGCGUGCGUGUGUGUGUGUGUGUGCGUGCGUGUGUGUGAGUGUUCAACAAGUGAGUGAGAGUAGAAACUAAUAAUGAAAAGACAGUUGUAAAACAAAGUACAUGAUUUAAUAUUUUUUUUCUUUGCAUUCGGUGCUGUUAACUACAUUUUAUAUUGAUCAAGGGUGUGAUCUGUUCUACUCUCUUGAAAAUGUACACAUGAUUGCUAAAACUUGUAGCCAAAAUGUCAGUUACUAACUGUGGGAACUUGGUAGUUGCUACCACUUUCAUAUUCUUACACUGUUUGAAAGAGUUUCCAUAUUAAUUUAUUCUGAUUUUACUGUAGGAACUGUGAUAUUUGGUGGAAACUAUGGUUACAUUGGUGAAUGUUUGAAAGGGAGCAUUUUAAUAUCUUAUAAAAUCCAUUACGUUGGCAGUAAAAAAUGGUUAUGCUAUGGAACAUGAGAAUAUACCUGUGCUAACUGGUUAUGAAAAUAUGAGUUUCAUAGGAAGGUGUAUAUCUUUUUUUUUUUUUUUUUUUUGCCUUUAAUUUAUUACUUAUUUUGGACUCUGUAAGUGGACUGUUUUAACGUUUCUCUUAUUUUGUCAAGAAAUGUUUGAGAUGAUUAAUCAAAUAAAAACA